GAAGUGGUCAAAUACAAUUGUGGCAAUUCCUCCUUGAAUUACUUGCUGAUACACAUAGCAAUGCGCACUGUAUUACCUGGGAGGGACAAAAUGGUGAAUUCAAAUUAUUAAACCCAGACGAAGUGGCUCGAAAAUGGGGUGAAAGAAAAAGUAAGCCAAAUAUGAACUACGAUAAGCUUAGCCGUGCUCUGCGAUAUUACUACGAUAAAAACAUCAUGACAAAGGUUCACGGAAAACGUUAUGCUUAUCGAUUUGAUUUCAAUCACUUGGCACAAUCUUGUCAAAGUAAUUGUGAUGGUGAACUAAUGCCAACAGUUCCAACAUCGGCACAACAAUAUCGACCUUCACUAACAAACUGUCAUCCGCCUCAGUUUCUGUUUCAACAUUAUCAUCACACGAUGCCAAAAAUGCGUUCGGCUGGUGUAUCGUAUGCGCCUUUCAUUCACCCGUGCGGCCAUAUUGGCCUGGAACGAUUUCGACUAGCAGCUGUGGGUAUGCAUCAACCGGAGCUUAUUGUGGAACGCAGCCAAAGUCUUUUAGCCAUUUCCUGCAAUAAUGUAUGA